GACAUACUCUGCGAGCGCUUGCUGAAGCCAGGGACCUCCGCUCGGUCUCUCCUGCCACGUACCGGCCGGAUUCUCUGUAUUCUAGCCUCGGCGGGGAGCUACAAUGAAGUUCAGUUCUGCUUUGAAGUUCAAUGCCGUGUCGGAGUGGUGGGACGAGUACAUUGCCUACGAUACCCUCAAGAAGUUCAUCUAUCAGCUGGAGAAGCAGCAACACGAUCUCGACCAGUCCUAUCACGACCUCGAAGCGCACGAGCGCACGUCCCUCGUCGGCGAGCGCACAUCCCACACCGACGAUCUCUUCAUCCCCCUCCUCGACCGCGAGCUGCGCAAGAUCGUCGCCUUCUAUGAGCAUCAGGAGCAGGAGCUCUUCCGCGACCUCGCCGAGCUCGAGGAGAUGGUGAAGCAGCAGGACGAGGAAGGCCUCCAGGGCGAUCACUAUGCGGACGACGCGUACGAGGGAGACGAGUCGGACGACGACGAUAGCCCGGUGCGCAGUCGCACGCGGAGCACAGGCAGGAGGCGCUCGACCUCGGGCGCGUAUCGCAGGCCGAACUUGUCGGUCACUGUCGGUCCUGCAGAAGCGAUACCCGAAGACGCACCCUUGUCCCCUCCGUUCGAUGCCCGCCGCUACAGCCACUCCUCCGAAGACCACGACCGCGGCCUCGAGGACAGUCUCAUCUCCCUCCCCGGCAAGUCCGGCGCGCUAGGAAAGGCCCGCACGCUCGCGAACCGCAUCGUCAACUUGAAGGAUAGCGUCACGUCUGCGGGCUCCGCGUCCGAGACGAUCUGGAACUCGCGCUCCAACUACGCGACCGACACGCGGCUGCUCUACAAGCGGCGCAUUACCGCGCUCUUCACGUCGUUUACGAGCCUGAAGUCUUACGUCGAGGUGAACUACUCUGGGUUCCGCAAGAUCCUGAAGAAGUACGACAAGGUUACGUAUAGCGAGCUACUGCCGCGAUACCUGCACGACGUCGUCGAUCACGCCAAGCCUUUCACCCCAGCCGCAAAGGAGCGAAUCCAAGAUGCUCUAGAACGCCUUUACGACCUUUACGCGAAAUGCGUUUCGCAUGGCGAUCGCGCGACUGCAAAGCAGCAGCUGCGCUUACACAAGCGCGAGCACAUCGCAUGGGAGCGCGACACCGUCUGGCGGCAGAUGAUAGGGCGCGCGCGGCGCGGGGAUAGCGACACCGAGCGGGCUCCGGGCGCGGUUCUAGUCAAGGAGCCGCCACCCCCGCUCUUCGCUAUACCAACACCAAUCGGACGAUUACGCAUUACGAAGGGCACGAUCGCGUCGUUUGUGGCGCUGCUCGUCUUCAUCGUGCUGCUCAACACGCAGACGGUAGACGGCGAUGAAGCCAACCGCUGCUUUGCUAUACUGGUAUUUGCGACGAUCCUCUGGGCGACUGAGGCCAUACCUUUGUUCGUGACGUCGCUUCUGGUGCCUCUGCUCCUUGUCUGCUUGCGCGUCAUACGAAACGAGGAAGGAGAGCGGUUAGAGCCUCCAGCAGCGACCAAAUACGUCUUCUCGAUCAUGUUCUCGCCGACCAUCAUGCUGUUGAUAGGCGGCUUUACCAUCUCGUCUGCCUUGAGCAAGACAAGUAUCGACCGCCUCCUGAUCACGCGCGUCCUGAGCCUGGCGGGAACUCGCCCACGAACCGUUCUAUUAGCGUUUAUGGGCGUCUCGUGCUUCGCGAGUAUGUGGAUUAGUAACGUUGCGGCACCGACGCUGUGCUUCACUCUCAUUCGCCCCAUCUUACGGACGCUUCCUCCGAAGGCGCCGUUCGGCCCAUGCCUUAUUCUCGCGAUUGCGCUGGCGGCGAAUAUCGGCGGACAGAGUUCGCCCAUAUCAUCCCCGCAGAACCUCAUCGCUCUGCAAGCGAUGGAGCCGCCCCUCGAUUGGGGCAGCUGGUUCGCGGUCGCGCUCCCAGUGUCGGCCAUCUCGAUCAUCGUGAUCUGGCUCUUCCUUCUCGUGUCGUACAAGCCGGCGCGCUCGCCCGACGGCGAAUGCGACCUCGAGAUCAAGACCAUUCGGCCGACGAAGGAGCGCUUCACGGGGAAGCAGUACUGGGUGUCCUUCGUGUGCUUGGGCACGAUUGCGCUCUGGUGCGUUGAGCAUUCGAUUGAGCAGUACGUCGGGGAUAUGGGCGUCAUCGCUAUCAUUCCCGUCGUGGCGUUCUUCGGCACGGGCGUUUUGAAGAAGGACGACUUCGAGCAGUUCGCCUGGACCAUCGUCUUCCUCGCCAUGGGUGGCAUCGCACUCGGCAAAGGCGUGACCACUAGCGGCCUUUUGGAGGUGAUGGAUGGGCUUAUCCGAGACAUGGUCGAGGGCCUCUCGCUCUACAAUGUCGUCCUUAUCCUCUCCCCCGUCGUCUUGGUGAUUUCGACGUUUAUCAGCCACACGAUUGCGAGUGUCUUGCUCGUCCCCAUCGCGAAGGAGGUCGGCUCGAACCUGCCAGGGAACCAUCAGAACCUGCUCAUCUUCAUCACGGGCUUGAUCUGCUCGACGGGCAUGGGGAUGCCCGUCUCGGGCUUCCCAAAUCAGACGGCUGCAACUCAAGAAGACGAGAUGGGCGACCUGUAUCUGAGCAACAUCGACUUCCUGAAGAACGGCGUCCCGGCGAGUAUCAUCGCGACUCUGGUGGUCUCGACGAUUGGUUUCCUGUUGAUGAAGGCGAUUGGAAUGUAAGCGGCCGGUUCAAGUAUCUACUGGAGUAUAUACACGGAAUCAUAGACGUAUACCUAAUGGAGGACGACUGCGCUCUUUUUUCCACUCUCGACGUUGCGCGUACCAGCUUGAGGAUAUAUCAACAGCCUGGCGCUGUACACACGGCCCGCUAUCAGGAAC